AGCCCUGAUGGCUCUCCACCCCAGCGGCCGCCUCCGCCUGCUGCUGCUGUUCACCUGCUGCCUCGUGGCCACCCGGGCUGAUCUGCUGACACUGAUCUGGCCGUGGUCCUUUGGGACCAAAGGGCCCACAGCCACGCCGGUCUCCGUGCCUCUAGGCAGCCCAUCUGUGCAAUCCACAGAGGAUACCACCACACACGUGGCCCCCCAGGAUGGCCCCACGGAGCCGGGGACAGCCCCUGCCAGCCCUGAGCUGCUCCCGGAGAGGCUGGAGGCUGGCCAGGGCAGGGCCUCCGCUGCCGCCACUGCCUCUGCCGAGAGCCCGGAGAACAUCGCUGGCGUCGGGGCCAAGAUCCUGAAUGUGGCUCUGGGCAUCCAGAACUUCGUCCAGCUGUGGGAUGACGUCACCCCUGCCGAGAGCUCCACCAGGACAGGGACGCAAGCCCCUGCAACCCCCACGGACCCCCUCACCCUCCCUGGACCCUCCAGUGCCUCCCAGGAGAACAGGACCGCUCUCUGGCUGAGUAGUGGGGCCCCUCCUGUCACCCAGAGGACCGAGGCCGGCACCUUGCCAGUGCCCCCCCAGCUGCCUCAGGGAGGCAGGGAGCUGCCACCGCAGUCCCCAGGUAGAGCCGUCUCCUCCGCGCCGGGCAGGGCCCCUCCCUGGGGCGGCGAGCAGUCCCCGGGGCGGCCGCAGGAUCUGGAUGGCGAAGGAUUCUUGUCCGUGGCAGCCCGUCCUGGCCAGCAGCACCAACACCCUGACGUCCACAGGCGCACGCCACAUCUGCUUCCCCUGGUGACGGGUUCCCUGGGCACUGUUCCCCCAGCUCUCUUCUCUGAUCCCUCCACCGGGCUGACUCGGAUCUCACUCUCAGCUUUAACUGGGGAUGGCGGUGCUUGGGUUCCCCACGCGGCUAAUUCUGUGGGGCCGGGUCUUGCUAAUCACUCUGCACUGCUCGGGGCUGACCUGCUGGCCCCCACCGGAGAGCCUGUCCACAGUGCCGCUGGCCGCUGCCUGCCUCUCCCGCCCUCCUUGGCCGUCUGCGGCCGCCUGGGCAUCUGGCGCUCCCGGCUACCCAACCACCUCCACCACGCGAGCCGCGAGGAGGUGCAGGCCGCUGCGUGGGCCUGGGGGGGCCUCCUGCGGACCCACUGCCACCGCUUCCUCGCCUGGUUCUUCUGCCUGCUGCUGGCCCCCCCCUGCAGGCCGUCCCCCGCCCCGCUGCCCUGCCGCCAGUUCUGUGAGGCCCUGGAGGACGCGUGCUGGAGCCACCUGGACGGGGGCGGGCUGCCGGUCACCUGCGCCUCACUCCCCGCCCAGGAGGACGGGUACUGUGUGUUCAUUGGGCCGGCUGCAGAGAUCGCGCGCGCGGAGGUGGGGCUCCUGCAGCUGCUCGGGGAGCCCCCACCCCCGCAGGUCUCCCGCGUGGACGACCCCGACGUCGGGCCGGCCUACGUCUUCGGGCCGGACCCCAGCAGCGGCCAGGCGGCCCGGUACCACUUCCCGAGCCGGUUCUUCCGCGACUUCUCGCUGCUGCUCCACGUGCGGCCGGACACCCCGGGCGCGGGCGUGCUGUUUGCCGUCACGGACGCGGCGCAGGCCGUGGUCUCGGUGGGCGCGAAGCUGGCGGCCGUGCGCGCCGGCCACCAGGAGGUCCAGCUGCUGUACACGGAGCCCGGCGCGGCGCGCACGCGCACGGCCGCCGCCUUCCGCCUGCCCGCCUUCACCGGCCAGUGGACGCGCCUGGCGCUCAGCGUGGACGGCGCGGCCGCCGCGCUCUUCGUGGACUGCGAGGAGUUCCAGCGCGUGCCCUUGGCGCGGGCCCCGCGCGGCCUGGAGCUGGAGCCCGGCGCCAGCGUCUUCGUGGCUCAGGCCGGACGAGCGGACCCCGACAAGUUCCAGGGGAUGAUCGCGGAGCUGAGAGUGCGUGCGGACCCCCACGUGAGCCCCCUGCACUGCCUGGAGGACGAUGAUGACGAUGACGAUGGGGUGUCCGGAGACUUCGGCAGCGGGCUCGAGGAGACCCAGGACCUUCUCGGGGAGGAAUCGGGCGCACCCCCGACCCUCAGCCUCCCCGACGCUCCCCCGGUCACUUCUCCACCCUUGGCUGGAGGCAGCAACAAGGAAGAUUCCAGAACUGAAGAAAUCGAGGAAGAAACCACCGUGUCUUCAUUAAGAGCCCACACCCUCCCCGGCUCGGAUACAGCUGCCACGUGGGACGGGAGCGCCCGGAGCCCUGGGGGCCGCGUGGUAGAGGGAGGCCUCAAGGGGCAGAAGGGGGAGCCGGGCCUGCCCGGCCCAGUUGGUCCCCAGGGUCCCGCAGGCCCGGCCAUGCACAGCCCUGAUGCACAGCCUGUCCCUGGGCCACAAGGACCCCCCGGACCUCCGGGGCCGCCGGGGAAAGAUGGUGCCCCCGGAAGGGACGGCGAGCCAGGGGGUCCCGGUGAAGAUGGAAAACCCGGCGACACUGGGCCACAGGGCUUCCCGGGAACCCCGGGGGACGUGGGCCCCAAAGGCGAGAAGGGGGAUCCUGGGGUCGGGCCAAGAGGACCCCCAGGACCCCAAGGGCCUCCGGGACCACCGGGACCCUCCUUCAGACACGACAAGCUGACCUUCAUUGACAUGGAGGGGUCCGGCUUCGGUGGUGACCUGGAGACCCUCCGAGGCCCACGAGGCUUCCCUGGCCCCCCUGGGCCCCCCGGCGUCCCAGGCCUGCCCGGAGAGCCAGGCCGCUUCGGGAUGAACAGCUCAGACGUCGCAGGACCUGCGGGCCUUCCCGGUGUGCCUGGGCGGGAGGGGCCCCCCGGGCUCCCUGGCCCUCCGGGACCCCCAGGUCCUCCAGGAAAAGACGGGCGACCAGGAGGGACCGGCCAGAAAGGCAGCCUCGGCAAAGCAGGCGCCCCAGGACCUAAGGGAAGCAAGGGAGACCCUGGCCCCAUUGGUGCUCCUGGCGAGAACGGCUUGGCAGGACCCCCCGGACCAGCUGGACCACCAGGAGCCCCCGGCCCCCCUGGGCUCCCCGGGCCACCGGGACCAGGACUUGCCGCAGGGUUUGAUGACAUGGAAGGCUCCGGGGGCCCCCUCUGGUCGACGGUGCGAGGCGCCGACGGGCCACAGGGACCACCCGGCCUGCCUGGAGUCAAGGGGGAUCCUGGAGCAGCUGGGCCACCGGGGACCAAGGGAGAAGUCGGAGCUGACGGAGCUCCUGGGUUCCCUGGUCUCCCCGGCAGAGAUGGCACGGCUGGAGCCCAGGGACCAAAAGGAGAAAAAGGGACUCAGGGAGAGAAGGGCGACCCAGGGAAGGACGGAGUGGGGCAGCCAGGCCUCCCUGGACCCCCCGGACCCCCAGGGCCUGUCGUCUACGUGAAGGAGCAGGACAGAGCAUUGGCCAGCAUGCCGGGGCCCGAGGGCCGCCCCGGGUUCGCGGGCUUUCCUGGACCGGCUGGGCCAAAGGGAGAUCUGGGCACCAAAGGCCAGCAGGGCCUGCCGGGCCCCAAGGGCGAGAAGGGCGAGCCGGGCGCAGUCUUUGGCCCAGAUGGCAGAGUGCUGACUGCCCCCCAGAAAGGAGCCAAGGGCGAGCCCGGCUUCCGAGGACCCCCGGGUCCAUACGGACGGCCUGGGCACAAGGGAGAGAUUGGCUUCCCUGGACGGCCGGGUCGCCCCGGGAUGAACGGAUUGAAAGGCGAGAAAGGGGAGCCGGGAGAGGCCAGCGUCGGGUUUGGUGUGAGGGGUGUGCCUGGCCCCCCAGGACCCCCAGGGCCUCCAGGCCCUCCCGGGACUCCUGUCUACGACACCAAUGCGUUUGUGGAGUCUGGCCGCCCUGGGCCUCCAGGAUUGCCAGGGCACCAGGGGCCUUCUGGACCAAAGGGUGACAAAGGAGAAGUGGGCCCGCCCGGACCACCAGGGCAGUUCCCGUUUGACUUCCUGCAGCUGGAGGCUGAAAUGAAGGGGGAGAAGGGAGACAGAGGGGAUGCCGGGCAGAAAGGUGAAAGGGGCGAGCCCGGGGGUGGCGGAUUCUUCGGCUCCAGCGUGCCCGGCCCCCCUGGCCCGCCAGGCUACCCUGGGAUUCCGGGUCCUAAGGGAGAAAGCAUCCGGGGCCAGCCCGGCCCACCUGGACCUCAGGGACCCCCCGGCAUCGGCUACGAGGGACGUCAGGGGCCUCCCGGGCCCCCCGGCCCUCCAGGCCCCCCGGGGCCCCCUUCCUUUCCUGGCCCUUACAGGCAGACCAUCAGCGUUCCUGGCCCCCCAGGCCCACCUGGGCCCCCAGGACCCCCUGGCACCAUGGGCACCUCCUCAGGGGUGAGGUUCUGGGCCACAUACCAGACCAUGCUGGAGAAGGUGCCCGAGGUGCCGGAGGGCUGGCUCAUCUUCGUGGCUGAGAGGGAGGAGCUGUACGUCCGCGUCCACAACGGCUUCAGGAAGGUGCUGCUGGAGGCCCGGACGCCCCUGCCCCGUGGGACGGACAACGAAGUGGCUGCCUUGCAGCCCCCCGUGGUACAGCUGCAUGAGGGCAACCCGUAUCCCCGGCGGGAGCUCCCCCACUCCACAGCACGGCCCUGGCGGGCCGACGACAUCCGGGCCAGCCCCCCACGCCUACUGGACCCCCAGCCCUACCCUGGAGCCCCGCACCAUGGCUCCUACGUGCACCUCCGGCCCGCCCGCCCCACCAGCUCGCCCGCCCACACCCACCAGGACUUCCAGCCAGUGCUGCACCUGAUCGCACUCAACAGCCCGCAGUCGGGCGGCCUGCGUGGCAUCCGCGGCGCCGACUUCCAGUGCUUCCAGCAGGCGCGCGCCGUGGGGCUGGCCGGCACCUUCCGCGCCUUCCUGUCCUCACGGCUGCAGGACCUCUACAGCAUCGUGCGCCGCGCCGACCGAGCCAGCGUGCCUAUUGUCAACCUCAGGGACGAGGUGCUGUUUCCCAGCUGGGAGGCCUUGUUCACGGGCUCUGAGGGCCGGCUGAAGCCCGGGGCCCGCAUCUUCUCCUUCGAUGGCAGAGAUGUGCUGCAGCACCCCGCCUGGCCCCAGAAGAGCGUGUGGCAUGGCUCAGACCCCAGCGGGCGCCGGCUGACCGAGAGCUACUGCGAGACGUGGCGGACGGAGGCCACGGCGGCCACAGGCCAGGCGUCCUCGCUGCUGGCGGGCAGGCUGCUGGAGCAGAAGGCCGCGAGCUGCCACAACGCCUUCAUCGUCCUCUGCAUUGAGAACAGCUUCAUGACCUCCUCCUCCAAGUAGGGCCUCUGCUGGCGCAGAGGGACAGAUGGCCGGGGAGGCGGCCAGGCGGCAGGGGGAGUGGAGAAGCCCCCAGUGCAGGGCAGGGCAGGGAGUGUCUGCCAGCACCCCCAGGGUGGGGACCUGGCCGGGACGCUUUCCUGUAUAGUUCACGUUGCAUGUAAUCCUCAAGAAAUAAAAGGAAGCCAAAGAGUG